CUCAGUUUUAGCUGAGAAAGCUGGUCCCCUUGGGCCCCCUUUGCUGCCUCGGAGGCUCCGUCCCCCCUCAUUCCCGGGUCGCACGCCCGUGUGCGCCUCAGUUUCCUCCUUUGUAAAGUGGGGAGGAAACUCCCUCCACCAAGACAUGUUGGCUGUGCAGCUGAGAGCGGCAGGACUUGAACCCUGGUCUUCCUUCUCGUUAGGCUCCUGCUGUGCCCCCCCCCCCACCGGGGGUUGGGAUCGAGAAGGGGUGUUGCGGUGGCACCGGCUGGUCCCCUUCCCCUGUCUGCUGCGUCUGCCCGACGUUUGGAAAGCCCCUUCCCAGGUCUGUGGUCGUCGUGGAUUGACCGCAGCUUCCUCAGGAGGCCAUAGUGCAGAACUGGCCUUUCUUUCUUCUAAAAACCCGUGUUCUGAGGAACAGGACUCAGGGAAGAACAUUGUGAGGCUCCUCGGCCCGGAGCAGGGCACCGAGGAGCCGGAGGAGGCGGUUCGCCUGCUGUUGGACAUGGGCUUCAGUCAGACCCAUGUGAUGGAACUGUUCAGGAUCCGAGCGGGCAUCCGACCUCAGCAGAUGCUGGCGGUAGUCUCAGAGUUAUUGCUGCUGGGUUUGGACCCAGACCCUGUAUGUAAGGCCUUGCAGAAAAACCCAAGGAUCCUGCAGCUGACAGGCAAGCAGCUGAAGAAUCGGGCUGGCCAUCUGAGACGGCUGGGGCUCGGAGGAGGGAACUUGCAGCACAUGAUGCAUUGUUGUCCGGACCUGUUCACCAUGAGCCAGCAACGUAUCGAUACCCUCGUCUCUGUUCUGAAGGACAAAUGCCUUUUCACUGGGCAGCAGGUGACAGAGAUAUUGCACAGCUGCCCCCGAGUCCUUCAGGAGGACCCCGGUGCCUUGGAGUACAAAUUCCAGGUGAAAGAGAGCAGGAUGGGAAUCAAGCAGCGAGACCUGGUGAAGACCAAGUACUUCCAGUACUCAAUGACCAAGAUCAAAGAGAGGCACAUCUUCCUAGAGCGGCUGGGCCUUUUCCAGACUCCCGAUAAGAAGGGACAAACGCAGGUCUGUAACCCACCCUUGAAUUCGAUGUUGAGAGUCCCAGAAGCAGAGUUUUUAGCCCAGACAGCCCGCUCGUCUUCAGAGGAGUUCGAAGUCUUUAAGAAGCUCUUAGCUCGUGAGGAGCUGGAGGAGGGUGACGGUCUGAGUACAUCUGAGGAUGAGGACUCGGACUGGACGGACACGGACAGUUCUGGUGAUGAAAAGGACUGAAAGGCAGAGAUGAGUGGAAGAUGCCGAUGGGUAUUCUCCCUUUACGAAGAUCUCUCCUGGAAGCGUCAUUGGAGGCUUCUCGAGGGAGCGACGCCCUCUGGAGACUUAGCUCUGUGACAGGACAGCAGGCAGACUUUCAAUCAAGGAUCCAGCUGACCAGGGAGCCGCUGCCACUCCCUCCUCCGUCGGAGCAAACCCAGAGCUGAGGCUCCGUGUGCAGUUAAGGACUCCCUCGGUGUAACGGUGUGCAAGCAAUAAAUCGAAAUUCCACCCCA